UUCAAUCACAUGCAUUCAUCAGAAACCGUACUCCAUCUCCUUUUAACACGCCCUCUCACUUUGCUCUUCCUUCACCCCUACAUUGCUUUCUUUCUUCUUCUUCCAUUGUAAUACUAAACUAGCUACUACUCUGAACUUGGUCUCAGAAAGUGAGAAUUUUUGUUUAGACACAAAAGAGAAACCAACAUAGAUUGUUUCUUUUGUUCAUGGAAACCAAUAGUUGGCAUGUCAAGGGUUUCCACGUUAAGGGUACUAGUAAAGAUUCAAUCUUUUUGGCCAUUUUCAUGUUCAUUCAUGUUUUGGCUUCUACCAUUGAACCUGUUGCAUGCCACCUGUAUGAUGGAGUGAUUGUGACACAAUCAGAUUACCAGGCCUUAACGGCCAUCAAGCAUGAGUUCAUUGACUUCAAAGGGGUUCUGAGGAGCUGGAAUGAUAGUGGUAUUGGUGCUUGUUCUGGUGGUUGGGCAGGUAUCAAGUGUGUCAAUGGUGAAGUCAUUGCAAUUCAGCUUCCAUGGAGGGGUUUAGGCGGAAGAAUCUCAGAGAAAAUUGGUCAGCUUCAAGCACUCAGGAAGCUGAGUCUCCAUGACAAUGUUCUUGCUGGUUCUGUCCCUUUUUCUUUAGGAUUCCUUCCAAAUCUUAGAGGUGUUUAUCUCUUCAAUAACAAGCUUUCAGGUUCUAUUCCUCCUUCUAUUGGUAGUUGUCCAAUGCUUCAGUCUUUUGAUGUUAGCAAUAACUCACUCACUGGUAACAUCCCUGCUAGUUUGGUAAAUUCAAGUAGGAUAUUCAGGAUCAAUUUGAGCUUCAACUCACUUACUGGUUCCAUUCCUAGGAGUUUCACCAUGUCUCAAUCCCUUACUAUUCUUGCCCUCCAGCACAACAAUCUAUCUGGUUCUAUACCAGAUUCUUGGGGUGGAAUGGGAAAGGGAAAGAGAGUUCCCCAACUUCAAGUUUUGACCCUUGAUCACAACCUCAUUUCUGGUUCCAUUCCUGUUUCUCUGAGUAACAUGGUUUUGCUUGAAAAUGUUUCUUUGAGUCAUAACCAUAUUGGAGGCUCUAUUCCAAGUGAGCUAAGUGCACUUUCAAGGCUUCAAAAUCUUGAUCUUUCACAUAAUGCCAUCAAUGGAAGCUUCCCUGCUAGCUUCUCCAACCUUUCUUCUCUUGUUUCAUUGAAUUUAGAGGGUAAUAAACUUGAGAGUCAUAUCCCUGAUAAUUUGGACAGGUUGCACAAUCUUUCAACGCUUAACCUCAAGAACAAUAAGUUUAAUGGCCAAAUCCCACCAACAAUAGGGAAUAUCUCUGGCAUUAGACAAAUUGAUGUGUCUGGGAACAAAUUCAUUGGAGAAAUUCCAGACUCACUCACCAAACUAGCAAAUCUCACUUCAUUCAAUGUAUCUUACAACAAUCUCUCUGGUCAUGUCCCUUCACUCCUCACCAAAAGAUUCAACUCUAGCUCUUUUGUUGGGAAUCUAGAACUAUGCGGUUACCUAUCAAAACCAUGCACUUCACCUCCACCUUCAAAUCUUCCAGUCCAAACACCAAAGCCUUCUCCAAAGCCACAUCAUCACAGAAAGCUAAGUACCAAGGACAUAAUCCUCAUUGUAGCAGGUAUUCUCCUGUUGAUUCUGUUACUCCUGUGCUGCUUUUUGCUAUGUUGUUUGAUCAGGAAAAGGGCUGCUUCAAGUAGAAAGGGUGCAAAGGCAACAUCCAAGGCUUCAGCAUCUGCAAGGAGUGUUGAAAAAGGUGGUGCUGGUGGUGAAGUUGAGUCAGGAGGAGAAGCUGGAGGAAAACUUGUUCACUUUGAUGGUCCAUUUGUGUUCACUGCUGAUGAUCUUUUGUGUGCAACUGCUGAGAUAAUGGGAAAGAGUGCAUAUGGAACUGCAUACAAGGCCACAUUGGAGGAUGGUAACCAAGUUGCUGUGAAGAGGUUGAGGGAGAAGAGUACAAAAGGGCCCAAGGAGUUUGAGGCUGAGGUUGCUUCACUUGGCAAAAUCAGACACCCAAAUCUCUUAGCACUCAGAGCUUAUUAUUUGGGUCCAAAAGGAGAGAAGCUUCUUGUCUUUGAUUACAUGCCAAAAGGAAGCUUAGCAUCAUUCCUUCAUGCUCGUGGGCCGGAAAUAGUGAUCGAUUGGCCAACAAGGAUGAAGAUAGCAAUCGGAGUCACACGUGGCUUAAGCUACCUCCACAACCAAGAGAGCAUAGUCCAUGGCAAUCUCACCUCAGGGAACAUACUCUUAGAUGAACAAACCAAUGCACACAUAACAGAUUUUGGACUGUCCAGGCUAAUGACAACCUCGGCGAACACUAACAUCAUUGCAACAGCAGGAAGUCUAGGAUACAAUGCACCAGAGAUAUCAAAAACAAAGAAACCAAACAUGAAAUCCGACGUAUACAGCCUUGGAGUGAUCAUCUUGGAGCUCCUAACUGGGAAGCCACCUGGGGAACCAACCAAUGGAAUGGACUUGCCACAAUGGGUGGCUUCCAUAGUUAAAGAAGAGUGGACUAAUGAAGUUUUUGACUUGGAGCUCAUGACGGAUGCACCAGCCAUAGGUGAUGAGCUUCUCAAUACAUUGAAGCUUGCCCUUCAUUGUGUUGAUCCUUCACCAGCUGCUAGGCCUGAAGCUCCGCAAGUUCUUCAGCAAUUGGAAGAAAUCAAGCCAGAUUUGGCUGCUGGUGAUGAUGAUGAUGAUGGAACUCUCAAGACUGCUGAAUAAAUUAAAAGUUUUUUUUAAAAUUUAAUUUUGAAUUAGUAGAGAAAGGUUCUUUCAAUAUUUCAUUCUUUAUUUAUUUUUUGAUUAUUUUGUUUUUGGUGAAAUUUGUUGAUUCUCAGUGUAUGUACAUAAUCAAGUGAGGAAGUAUGCUAAGCAGUUUUGUAUUGAAUGUUAUAGUGGUGUGAUAUGAUACAAGAAGCUAUUGAAUGUAAUAUUUAAUUUAUGUUUUGGAUAUAUAUAAAGAAAGUUCUUUCUUA